AUGACGUUCACGACAACGCAAAUCAACGCUACUGGAGGGUCGGUCAUUUCUGGCCUAACGAUAAUAGCAGCAUUAUAUCUACUCAUAUCACUAGUGAAGCAGGGUAGAGGGAAGUUGAGGGUAAGAUUAUUGUUAGGAAUGGUAGUCAGCGAUCUCAUUCUUGGUAUGGUCGCUUUGCCACCUGAAAUUCUGUACUUGACGGGGCAUCCGGAGAAGACAGGAACCCGAGGCUGCGACGCCCUAGCCUUUCUUCUGACGAGUGUCCUUUUCAGCCAACAUCUUUGGACAUUGUGUAUUGCUUUCGCCACCUAUCUCCUCCUAACACAUCCUUUAUCAAAUAUAACAAGCGCAUUUGAAAGAUAUUCGUGGGCUGUUGCCCCAAUAAUAUGGUCAAUAUCGAUCAUACAUUCUGCCAUAUGGCACAACACAGUCGGAUGGGUCAAUAACGGUAGUCUGUGCUACUACGGUACGAAGGGGUCUGGUCUCGAUCGAGACUUAAUCCAGUUCAUCCCCCGUGCUAUCGUUUUCGUGGUAAUCAUUGUAUUAUACUCUCGAUUAUUCCGAUUCUUAAGAAGACCGGAUACUAUCCAGCUAUCUACUCAAUUCAUGGCUGGUACAACACCUGACAGAAUUUCGGAAGGAGAAGGUGCGAAUAUUCCGGGUCCAAAAAUACUUCGACCAAUAUUCAAACUCGGAAGAGCCUCUUCCGGACAUAUGGGACACAAAGAACCUAUAAAUCCUGAUGCACCAUGGGAAGCUUUGGAAUUCGUGACUGUAGGAGGAAAUGGUAGAUUCACUAGCAGUACACCAUUACAUACGGAUACGAUAGAUUUUACACCAACUGUACCUACAGGUAUUCUAUUGGCCUCAAGACCUCCAUCACCUGAGCUGAUAUCGCCAAGACACGAGAUAAGAGACCCAUUGUCGGAUUCAAAUCAGAAUCGACACCCUUCAACAUCAUCUGAAGCUUCCGGACCUAGCUCAAAGCAAACAUUUGGUACGGAUACCUACUCGGUCGUUACACCAGAAUUAACAUAUCAAAUCGAACCACCGGCAUCUGUCGAUUCGACAACAAAAUUGGUAACACCCGAUACAGUGUUACCUGCACCCAUGAUCCAAAGACAACAUGUCUUGUCGCCUGUCUUAUCACAAGGCUCAAAGGCAGAUUUCGACAGUGAAGAAUCCUUGAAUGACAGAUUAGGUGUCUACAGCGAUUUAGAGAUGGCAAGAGAUCAGACUUCUUCUGCCGAAGACAGAAGACCAAGUGGACAAACGUUAAAAGAGUUUUUCCAGGAAUACCAAGUCACGGGUACGGGUGGAGAAGAACCACCUGAAGGUAGAGCUAUCGGCUCAGGUUCAGGCUUCAAAGGAGUACAACCACAGAUCUCAGCGUCUGCAUAUUUCAACAGACAAGCCAGUUUAUUGAUGCUUUAUUUCCCCCUUGCCUAUAUGCUGGUAUUUUCGGUUUCACUGGUCAGAUUAGUCUAUGAUAUGGUUCACGGGCAACCAUCAUCAGUAUUGAGUAUAAUGUCAAGCUGGUUAGUUUUGUCGGUCGGUUUGAUAGAUGGUGCAGUAUAUGGAAUAGCAGAAUUAAUAGUAAAAGCCAAAGUACGGCGGAAGAUGCCCGAGCAUAUGUACUCAUAA